GCGCCCUCUCGCAACGACUUCAUAGCGGCAAGAGCUUCGUCCGAUGGGCCGUGAUACCGCAGAAAAUUUCGCGCACACCUCGUAGACGCCACGCGCACCAUUCAAGAUGACGUCUCUCCAGAAACAGCUCGCGGCCAUCGCCGCCACGAGCACACACCAAUUGGACCUCAAGGCGCAGAAGCUCGCCCAUGGCAAAUCGCUGCUCUUCGAACCCCGGAUCGCCGCUUCGCAAUCCUUCGACAACAUCUACAUGAUCUGCUAUGAAGGCUUCAGGGAUCUUUGCGCGCUGGACCCGCGCUUCGUGCAGUUUUCGCGAAAUAUCUUCAGCGAGCAGAGCAAGGUGGAGGACCGCACGCAGAUGACGCAGAAAGAGAACGAAAAGUUGGACGAGGUGCUGGAGACAUUCAUUACCAUGGUCGGCCCACGAUUGCUGCUUAAGCCAGCGGAGAAGGCUCUGGAUUGGCUGGUCAGAAGAUUCCGUGUUCAUGAGUACAACACAGAAAGCCUCGUAAUGACAUACCUCCCGUACCACGAUACCCCGCAGUUCCUUGCGUUGCUGUCUAUACUACCACCGAACCCCAAGCCGGCAUGGCGAUUUCUACAUCCCUACAUACAACCCCCUACCAACCCACCGCGUCGUGUCAUUGUCUACACUGCGACAAACACGCCGACAUUCUUCGAAGCGCUGCAGAAUUACAUAAUGAGAGUGCUCCAGGCAGGCCACCAGGGACCCAGCCUACUCACGUUCUGGUCGAGCGUGACCACCCAAGCGAUUGAUGGCAUUCUCGAUCACACCACUGGACGCAAAGAGGUGCAGGACCAAAAGAUGGAGGAGUUACUUCUGCGAGUCCUGCGGGUACUCAACGUUUGCAUGAGAAAGGCCAACGGCGCGGAUACUGUCACAGCAUGCUACAUGAUUGUCAUCGUGUUGGUUACCAAGUCCACCUUGGAGGACAAGGUCCUGAAUUCCAUUAUGGAGGCCGUAACUCUCAGCCGAGUCGAGGAGACCUCGGACGCAUGCUUGAUGUGCUUGGCUGUCAUUGCCGAAGAAAGAGCACACGUGCAACUGCCAUCUCCGGUCGCGAAAAGUCUGCUGAAGAUUCCCGACCUGGCCCAGACCCUGAUAUCGCUUUCGAAAAGAUGUCGCGUGGACCGUCUUGCACUGGGAUGUGCCUUGGCUACCCUUGGUGGUAUUGCUAAAGCGGGGCAGAAACAGGAGACUUUCAAGAGCAUCCUCGAGGCCAACUUGCUCGAUGAUCCGCAGCUAUCGGUAGCGCUUUCGGGUCUGUUACAGGUCGCGCAACAGAGCGAACGUAGCUCGCCUCAACAUAGCCAUUUGAUUGACUUUGCGUCGACAUUGAGCGAGAACGCUACCACAGCCCGCAUCGUCAACAAAGUCGCUCAGCAGAAUGCGAUAGACUUGGAAUCGUUAGGAUUGGUUGUUGGUUCCUCUCUGACGGUUCAAGACAGCGCUGAUGUAGAGGACGAAGAUGAGGAAAUGUUCGAUGCCGAAGAAGAGGAACCGAGCGAUGCAUCUCUGACAUUGCCAUCUGAAUUCUCAGAAACGAGCCUGCUGAGCGUGCAAUCUGCACAAUCAUUCCGCGAUACGCUUCCUCUAUUCGAGGCGGCUGUCUCGGUGAAUCGGACUAAGCAGUUCUUAGCAGCACAAUCUCUCCAGCGCCAGGCGGCAUUCAGCAAGCCACUUUUCUUCAGUUUCCUGGCCAGGGUUUGGUGUAGCUCCGCAUCCGUCAAAGCUCGAGCUGCGGCCCUUCGAGCAGCCACCUCGCUCAUUAAGGAAGAGCAGAAACCGACCAAUCUGCAACACAUCGUCCCAUACCUUCUGUUUGCGCUUGCGGACCCAUCUGCCAUCAUUCGUCGAUCUGCAGCUGCAUGUGGAUCUGUGCUGUCGACUUCAACACAAGGCACCAAGGUAUGGGCAUCAUCUGACCUAUACGGCACUGCUUUUCCCAAAUCAGCGCAGCUAUCUGUGGAGCAACUAUCGGAGUUCCUUAUCGCGUAUCUUGUUCCGAUCCUCGAAGAGUGCGCCAUGGAUGCCAACUUCCUCAUCACAAGUGCUGCGGAGGCAUUAGAAGGAUCGCACGCAAAGAAUGGGAAACGCGGAUUGAAAACCACGACACGAGGUCCGAUCGUCACAUUCCUGGCCACUCAUACGGCUUCCUCGCCGCUCCUCGCCCUGCGUCUCCGCCUUCUUCCACUAUUCCAUUCGUCGGCCAAGACUCUUGCCGGUCCUCGCAAGGAGAUUCUACUGCCGAUGCUGCGCGCCUGGAGUUCCAGUUCGGAGGUCGACAUCGCACAAUAUUCACAAGAUAAGAUCCAUGAAUCUACGGAUGCGGAUCGAGCACACCUUGCUGCGCUUUUGCCAAAGGAGCCCGAAAGUGUGCAGCUAGUACAGGACAUCAUCUCUGGCCACACUAGCAAGGAGCGAGUUCAGCUUAUGGAAAAGGCCUUCGACUGGCUUAACGCUAAUUUUGCGAAGAUGAAGGCCGAUGCGCGCCUGGAACUUGGCCAACGUUUGUUGGAUCUGUCACUACAAGAGAACGAGGCAGGGUUCGACGCUCUGUCCCGUGGCCGGGCGCUGGAAACCCUUCGUAACGUUCGGCUAGACACUGCCACACUUGUGACCUUCAUUGAGAGCAUUCCGUCUUCGAUGCAAAUGGCGGAGGGUCCCCCCACGAAGAAACGAAGACGAACCAGCCGCAACGAAAUGGCGCGUGCGGAGUUUCAGACCCCAGACGAUGUCUCCAGAGUGCUUCGGAGACUUACACUGGUCUUGGAACUCAUUGAAAGUUCCAGCCCUGCUGAACACAUUGCGCUUUUCAGGAACUUGUUUACUGUCCUUGAUGAUCUCCAACAGUUGAAGCAGCAGUCUGGCUCUGAUUUGGUCUACCUUCAAAGCCUGGUCUUCAGUUCCUUGAUACCCAUGGUCAACCGACUGAAAGAGGUGGAAGACUCUUCGCAAGCUCAAGCCGCAGUACGUGCCGACAUCCUCAUCGACUGCAUCCGGCAUUCCGCGAGUCCCCAAGUACAAAAUGCGGCCUUGCUACUGAUCGGAAGUCUGGCCUCGUGGGUUCCCGAGAUGAUUUUGCAUAAUUUGAUGCCCAUCUUCACAUUCAUUGGAAGCUCGCUGCUUCGCCAACAUGACGAUUACUCGGCCCACGUGGUAGACCAAACCAUCUCGCGCGUUGUUCCACAGCUGGCAUCUUCGUUGCGAUCGAAGCACAGAAACUUCCUGAUCGGAGUCGCUGACCUGCUGCUGAGUUUCACGGCUGCAUUCGAGCACAUACCUUCUCAUCGAAGACUGAAGCUGUUUUCUGAACUGGCCCGAACUCUCGGUCCUGACGACUCACUUCCGGCCAUCAUUGCGCUGUUGGUUGACAGAUAUCCAAACAACAAGGUCCAACGCAGAUUCUCAACGGAUCUUAUUGUAUCUUUUGAACCACUCACGGCCCUCCAAACGUUCAAGGGCUACCUCAAUCUGGUCGAGGAGGCCGUCGGCGCCAAACAUCAGCGCAAGAUUUCCGAGACAUUGUUCAGCUUGAACGAUAAGUCACCUGCUGAUUUCGAACAAACUUUGAAUAACCUACUCGUGUCACUCGCAGACCUCGCUUCCGAUGACAGAGUAAAGAGCCAUGCUAGUAGAGCGUUCAAGCGUAGUAGAGACCCUACCGUCCCUCGAACAAUUUUUGCUGCUGUUGUUGAGGCGGUCAUCCGGAUCUCCAAAUCUGUCAAGAGCCAGCCGAAGCUAUACCAAAGCUGUAGUCGGGUGCUUGGAAAGUGUCUGGAUCUCCUACCAACACCCGACCUGAUCAAAUCUGCCGAGCUUUUGUUAGCGAAGCAAGACCGAGAAGUUCGCAUCGCCGCUAUCAAGUCGGUAGAAGCCCGAGCAGGCACCGUACUCCAAAACGACAAGUCCUCGGUAUCGUCACUUGUCGAGUUCCUUCCCCAACUCGACGGCCUUUUGCAGCAAGCUGGCGAUGUGGACGUCAAGCGGAUCGUCAUCAGUUGCAUUGACAGCAUUGUUGGCAGAUUUGGUAAGAGAGACACAUCAGCUGUUGCUGCUGUCGCCGAGACGGUUGCAGGGUCUCAAGCUCUCUCAAAUACUGACAACCAAACCCGCAUCUUGUCACUGCUGUGCUUGACAUCGAUGAUUGAUGUCCUGGAAGAUGAAGCAAUCUCUCUGCUUCCGAGCGUCCUACCUGUGGCGUUUGAGUACCUGGGGGUCGCGAUCAAGGACGAAAACACAUCUCUCCACAAUGCUGUCUACACACUGUUGGGCAACACCGUACAACGCCUUGGUUUCAUGUUUUCCCGCGAUUAUUUAGUCCCUGUGCUCAAGCUCUCGCAACAGUCAGCCGCGGGUGGUCUUGAUGACGAGUGCGAUGAGGAGCGAGGUCAAUUCUUCGAAAAGCUGUCGCAGCACCUGGAAACUCAAGAGGUCUUCUCUGCCAUCAAAGCUACAUGGGCCAACAGUCUGCAACAGGGCCCCGAGGCGGCUGAGGAGGAGCUCAAGUUGAUGCGUGCCACUAUCGAAAGUCGGACAAAAAUCAUGCUGGUCAAGGCCAGUUCAACGCUCUUUAGCCUGUUGCUGGACAUGUUCAAGCUCAGAGACGAUGUCACCGAUAAUGAAGACUACCAAGAUGAGGAGGUUGAACAGCUUGAAGAUAUUCUCGUAGAAACGGUCAUUGCUAUGACGUUGAAGCUGAACGACCAGAUCUUCCGGCCGUUCUUCUCGCAGCUAGUGGACCAGGCAGCGUCGUCCUCGAUCACAUUCUACAAGUUCGCUGCUGCGUUCUUCGACAAGUUCAAGGGCAUUGCCACGCAGUAUUCGAGCUACAUCAUCGACCUCGCAUCAAAGCUGCUCACGUCACUCGUGCAGGAUGGAGAAUCAUCCGAGCUCCGCACUGCCGUACUAAGCGCCCUUCAGAAGACAUUUGAGCACGACCAAGAAGGCUUCUGGCAGGCACCUGACCACUUCGGCGCUGUCAUGGAACCUCUGCUUUCCCAGCUUACGAUCUCGGACGCGGAACAGAUUACCACUGACGUGAUCCCAACCAUCACCGAACUUGCAGCGUCUUCUUCGUCAUCCACGGACAACCAUCGCGAGAUGAAUGCAGUGUUGCUCAAGUACAUGCGUGCUGAGAAGGCGAGCACCAGGCUAGCGACCAUCAAAUGCGAGUUGGCCUUGACGGAGCGGCUGGGCGAGGAAUGGCUAGGUCUGUUGCCUGAGAUGUUGCCAUUCAUCAGCGAGGCGAGAGAGGAUGACGAUGAGAUGGUGGAGAGGGAGACGCAGCGAUGGAUUAGCAAGAUCGAGGAGAAGCUGGGCGAGGAUCUGGACGCGAUGUUGCAGUAGAUGUAGUGUGCGGAGAUAUACCCCAAUCCAGGAAAUCUGUUACGUUCAGAAAGUUUUCAUAUGCAGAUAGAAGGGAUGGCACUUGUGCAGUGUCAAGUCGCUGGCCUGAGUGCUGUCCCCAGUGGCCGAAGAUGAACCCCGGAAUUCCGUGAAUAUCCACAUUAGAUUAUUCGAGUACAACUUCACCACGUAUACUAGAGCGGGUUGAUACAGGAUGAGGUGCGCGCCAACGUUGCUGCUUUUCG